AUGUUGGGUGAUAUUGAUGCUAUGUUCGAUGAUGAUGAUGAUGCGGAAAUAGUAGAGUUUUUAGAAUAUGAAAGGAGGCCCUAUAUUGUACGAGAAAGAGAAGACUUCUUCCAUUCAUUGGACGACAUAGAUUUUUUUGUGAGGUUCCGCUUGAAAAAAAUUACGGUUUUAUAUAUUUUAUCUCUCAUCGAGGAAGAACUCGAAUCUGUUACCGACAGAAAUCAUUCUAUUUCACCCAUCAAUCAGUUAUUACUGACUCUACGCUUCUAUGCUACGGGAAACUUCCUACUAACUGUUGGUGAUUUCAUCAAAGUUAGUAAGAGCUCUGCCUCAAAAAUAGUGAAGAAGGUGUCUGAGGCAAUAGCUACCUUCUCAGGUAGAUUUAUAAAAAUGCCAAGUAAUGAUGAGGAAAUAAGGAAAGCCAAAAGUAGCUUUUAUGAGAAAGCACAUGUGCCUAGAGUGAUUGGAUCCCUUGACUGCACACACAUAAAAAUUCAGAGGAAAUAAUGCAGAACUAUUUCGCAAUCGAAAAGGCUAUUUCUCCAUCAAUGUACAAACCAUUUCAGCCCCCAAUCUAAAAAUAUUAGACAUUACUGCACGCUGGCCUGGAAGUCAACAUGACCAGAUAAUUUUUGAUAAUUCAUCAAUAAAAAGUAGAUUGGAAAGAAAUGAAUUUGGCAAUAGCCUUUUAGUAGCAGACAGUGGUUAUGCAAAUUCAAUGCAUGUAAUAACACCACUUUUGGAAGCAAGAACACAAGUCCAACAACUUUAUAAUGAAGCUGUUACAAGAACCAGAAAUCCUGUGGAAAGGCAAUACGGUUUGUGGAAACGACGAUUUCCAGUUCUCUCAACAGGGUUGAGACUAAAAUUACAGACAACCCUUACAGUGAUCGUUGCCACAGCUGUGCUGCAUAAUAUAGCAAUUGACCAAAAUGAAGAGCAGCCCCCUGAUAUUCCAAACUUGGAUGAAAACAUAAUCAAUUAUGAAGAAGAUAUCAGUGUUGAUCCUCCUGAAAAUAACUUCAUGAAUGCCAGGGAACUGUUAUUAAGUGAAUAUUUUCCAGGGCUUUUAAAUUAAUUCUUUACUUGUAC